AUGAUGGCAGAAUUAGAGUUAAUUGAGUCAAAAGAAUUGAAAAAUGUCAAGAACUUUAGACAGGUUUGGUUUUGUCUGGUAUGCAUGGCCACGUCAAUGGCUGUCCCAGUCUACGUACCUGGAAAAUUGCAGCUUGAUAUUAUAGACAUGGCUGCAAUUAGCAGAAUGACUCCACAACAGCUUGAAGCUCUAGCUGAGGGUCUUGCAGCAGAAGAAAUAAUGAGGACAAAGCGAUCAUCCGCACAAGAACUUGCUUCAUCAGUAGUUUCAAAGGCUUCAUCGGGUCUACAAAGUAAAGUCGGUCUUUUGGGUCAGGCUUCAGCUGGUAUCACAUCUUUCGUGGCAUCAGCCUCUAGCAAGACUGGUCACUCUGAACAUGGAUACUCUUAUGAGCCGCACAACGAAAAUGUGGACUACUGGGGCUUGAAGAAAUCGAUCUUCUACACCUUAUUCCAAGCUGUAAAGGCUAUAACUGGAGGAGUUACAAUCCUCAAAGGUCAACUUAUCAAAGGAGGUGGUGCUUUAGCGUCAACCUUAGGAAAAGUCAUAUCUUCCAAGGGUGAUGCUGUUAGCAAUAUUGGAAAGAAGAUUGUUAGCUCAGCGGCUCUGAGUCACAAAAAACCAUCACACCCUGUAUAUGGCCCCCCCGCGGAGUAUGCUAGCCCAAGCGGCUAUGGAGAUUCUGCGCCUGUGCACUUUUCUCACACAGCGCCAGCACACACAGCACCCACUGGUUUCGCAGCUCACAAGUACCCUUCGCAUAUAGACGGACGUGGAAAACUCAGCGGCGUCCACGCCGGUUUGGUCAUACUGACGCCUCUCGCAGAAGCAGGAAACAUAGAACAUCAUCAAUCAAGUGGUCACACGGCACUUGAACCACCACCGUCACUUCUACAUACAGUAUACUCGGCUAUUAAAGAUGCUUUCUCAUCUGCCGCAACCCACACUGAAGAAACUGUACUCACUGAUCAAGUUCCCCCACCACCUCAACCGAUGCCACCUUUCAAGCCAAUGGCCUGGGGCGCUGUCAACUCAUACGGCGAACCAGCCGAUAGUUACACGGAUUACGAUCCAAGAAAUCCCUACCCACCAUACAGUUAUGCUUCAUCCAAAUUAUCUUCCGCUCCAUCGCUACCCAAACACCAAGGUCUCACACAAGAAAAGAUCCAAAAAAUCAACGCAAAUCUAGAGAAAGUUAACGCUUAUAUAAAUGAAAACCACAGAUCGUCUGAAGAAGCUCCAAGUUUUAACACACAGUAUACCGAUAUGUUAAGAAAAGGUUUGAUUCCCUUCCUUCCUACUCCGGUGGUUAGUGACAAUGAGAUAGGCGUGCUACCCGGGGAACUACUUCCAGACCCCUUGACCACAACUUCUUCAACUACAACCACAGAAUCCACACCAAAGAACACAACAGACAAAGAAAACAAAAGACAGAAGAAAGAUAUAAAAUAUAUCCUCCGAGGCAACAGGAUUGUACAAGUCUGA